CCUGUGAGCUGCAGUGAAUGUGGACUUCCACAAACUUGAGUUAUUGGAGUUGGUUUAGUCAGCGGGUCAAGGAGACUUUGGGAGCGUCGCGCGUUAUAAUAUAACAAUAAUAUAUAACAUAUAACAACAGCAGCAGAGUCUUUGUUCUAUGUGAGGUUUAUUUAUUGUGGGGCGUUUGUUUGCAGCAUGAAGAAGAGGCAGGGUGAGAUGGACUGGCGCUGGAAAGUUUUCACACUGUUUUUAAACCUUUUAAACCACUGCACUCACGGGUCUCCCUCCUCCUAUGACUUGUUCCACGGGUCUGCGCACACUGGAGUGGUCCACAGACACAGGAAUAGGAACUGGUGCGCCUAUGUGGUGCACAAAAAUGUGAGCUGUGCCGUGCAGGGGAGUGUGGAGAGCUUCCAGGAGCCCGUGGUGGGCCCCUGCCCAACAUACCAGCCCAACUGCCAGCAACAAGUGACAUAUAAAACUCGCUUUCGACCCACCUACAAGAUUGGCUACAAGACGUUCACUGAGUUAGAGUGGAGAUGCUGUCCUGGUUACCAAGGUCUGGACUGUAAGGAUUUGAAACCACCCACAGAACGACAAAGAGUGCAGGGAAUACAGCCGUACCUCCCGACAAAUCCCGGAUAUACAACCAGACACACACAGAGGCCAGAGCGCAGAGAGACGGGGCACCAUGAGACGAGGCACGGAGGGCCAGAUAAGGUCCGUCUUCUUGAAGGUGAAGUUCAGCGCCUCUCACAGACAGUCCUGGAACUUCAGUCUGCUCUGACAGGGUUGACUGCCAACCUCCGCACAGACCUGCAAGAAGACACUAAGAAGAUGCUGGUCACACUGGUCAACAACAUGCGCCCACCAGACAGUGCUAUAACCACAGGCACUGAGGAGAGCGCAGCAGUGCUCGAUGGUCAUCAGGCUACCAGAAGUGGGCUUGCCGGAGAUAAGGCCAUAGAAAAAAUAGUGGCCCGUUUGGAUGAUAUAAGUAUUGAUCUGAAAAGUAUGGAUGAAUCAUUGGAAGACAUGAGAGGGAGCAUGACAAGUCAUGAGGGGCAGAUACGUGUCCUGAUGGAUGCGUCUCAGUCUCAGACCCCAGCCCUGGCGGAUUUUGAUGUUGUACAGACCUAUAUUGAUGGGAAAUUUGAGAAGCUGAAGAAGGAGCUAGAUGACAGUGUAGAAGGACAGAUGACCAAGCUACAAAGCUCAUGCAAUGACAAGAUCCAGACCUACCAUAAGAAAUGCGACGACAGCCACGACCAGAUUUCCGUCACCCUGACCAAGCUGGUGGAAUCUAAAGAGACUGACCUGAGAAAGGAGAUCCGAGCGUUACGUGUGGAUAUGGUGGCUGCAGAUGGACCGGUAAGAACUCAAAGACAGACGGAUCCAGCCAAAAAGGAAGAGCAUCAGGAUGACCACAAAGACCUGUGGCGUGAGAUUGAUCGCAUUGCAGAGGCUCACCGCAUCCUGAAUGUGCGCAUUGACAAUGAGCUGGCACACCUGUCCACGUCUCGAGACGACAGUGAUUUCAGCUUCCAAUUUGAGGAGCUGGAGGCGCGUAUGAAUAUCACUGAGCAAAACGCAGAGACCCAUUGUUUCUACAUUGAAGAGAAGCUGACCCGUAUGAUUGUUGAGGAAGUGGCGACACUUCGACAGUUCGUGGAUGAGCGUCUGAACAACAUGGAGGAUCAGUUUACAAACACGCUGGUGGAAAUGAGCAACAAUUCAUUCCCGGGGAUGUUUGGUGACUCAAUGGAUGUCGUCCAGGCAGAGGUCAACAACAACAAGUUCCUUCUUCAAGGUUUGGAUGAUAAGAUCAAUGCUGUUGGAGAGUUGUGCUCUGCCGGCUGCUCAGGCUCAGGGAUUACUGCCGGAGAAGGAAGUUCAUCAUCACCUACACCAAAAUACUUAGAGAUCAUUUUGAAGGACCUGGUUCGCUUUAGGAAUGACUUGGAUGUUCUUCACACAAAUGUCAGUACCAACAUGGACAAGAUCAGGCAACUGGAGAAAAACGCUGAAAACCCUUCAGUCGGAAAUGAAAGAGUUUCUCAGAAAAUGGACGACUUCCAGAAAGGACUGUUUAAUUUACAAGACAAUGUGCUUGGUCUGUCCGGUGCUGUCACAGGGUUAAGUGACUCCUUGAGCAAAUACCACCAGGACAUGUCCAAAAUAAACUCUACAUGCUGUCAUGCAGAGCAGAGUCACCUUGGUAGUCCAGCACAGGAAAACUGGGCAUCAGUCAUUGCAGUGCCCAGUAGUCACGAGGAUGACACCAAAGCUCAAAUAGAAGAGCUGAGAAACAGGCUUCAGACACUCAGUGAACAGGUGACGUCUGAACUCAGCCAGUGUACACAGAACACUGACGGCAUUGCUGCUGUGGAUGGACGAGUGACCAGACUGGGAAAAGUGUGCGGAAGGUUAGACGGGGUUUCUGCCAACAUCAAAGAGCUGAAAGAUGGCCUCGAAAGACACGUCGGCGGUCUGCGGGACUGCGUCACCAGGAUGAACGUAACCUGUGGAAAUCACGGCGCAGACAUAGUCGCACUGCGGAAUUCCCUGCAGAAGUUCCAGGCGCAGCUGUCUGAGAUUGCCAAACAUGUUUUGAAAGACGUCACUGCCAAAGAGCCAGGAAUGACCUUAAGGCCAGACAGGCCGGCCUCUUUGCCAGACACAACUCAGACCAGAACCAGAAUAAAACAAAUCCAGAUCCCUAUAAUCAUCCCACCGCCGCCAUCCAGCCCCAGGCAGCCGUACAAUCCCAGCAAGCCAGUGCAUCCCAGCACGCACACAAUCAAGAUUGGCUCACCGAUGCAGCCGUCCAGCCCGCAACAGCCAGGUCAACCCACUCUGCCGCUGGUUCCCAUGAGGCCGGUGGUGGAGACCGGCGAGGCGGGACCUCCAGGUUACGCGCGCAGGGUGACUGUGCGCAGAGGAUCCGAGCACUCGUCCAGCGUGCCGUUCACAGGAUUCGCUGGAGCACCAGGCUACCCUCCUCUGCAGCCGGUGUCUUUCAAGCCCCAAUCAAGCAGCCGCAGAGUUCCUAUAGCAGCAAAGGUGCCAUGGAAUCCUUUGCAUCAAGCUCCUGUUGAAGCAGCAGUGUCAGUGGACAACAGUGCCUUCGCAGAUCCGUUCUCCUUCUCCGCUGGCCUCACGCAGCAGCCCUUCUCUGGGGAUUUUGGAGUCAUUCGCUUCAACAGGGUUCUCGUCAACGAUGGGAGCCACUACGAUCCCCACACAGGGAUCUUUACCGUACCGCUCGACGGCCGGUACCUGCUUUCAGGUCUCCUCACGGCAAAACACGGUGACCACAUAGAAGCCGUGCUGUCGGUGUCCAACCGCAGCGUGCAGAAGCUGCAGAGCUCGUCGGGGACCGUUGCCGGUGAACACCGGGGCUCAGCGAGUGGCACCUGCAGCUGCGGCGGCUCAGUGUCCUUCAGUCUGGUCCUGCCCCUGAGGAAAGGUGACCGCGUGAGUCUGGUCAGGACCAGAGGCCAGCUGGCCACCACUGAGGCCAGGGAGAUCCUCUCCACCUACAGCGCCCUCUACCUGUAUUCACAGCAGGCCAAGAGAUAGCUGGAGCUCACGUUGACUCUGAGAGCAAGGACUGGUUUUAUUUCCCAGACAUUUGGACUGGACGAGAGGCUGAAGAAAAGCCGUAGUUUUCUGACUGACUUGCUGUGAUGCAGUUAUUUACAAAAACGCAGUGCCACGGUGUGAAGAUUCCCAAGUUAUGAAUUCAGUUUAAAAAAAAAAAAAAGCCAUUACAUUGCCUUUUGUACACCACUUUUCCUAAAGAUACCUGAAUAUAAGAGGUAGGAUUUGUUCCUAAUAUAUUUGAUUAUCAAGUUGACUU